AUGCGCCGCUUCGUCCAGCGCUCCCCCCGUCUUUGGCGGACAAACAACUGGUGCGCCUCAUCUUCGGUCCGCAACAUGAGCACGACAACUUCCACUGUACUCUAUGCCCUGACGGUGGCUCCUACUUCAGCCCGGCCGGGUCCCGAGGAUGCCUUGCAAAAAAGCCAUCACGCCAAGUCAGGCUUCAGAAACCCCUGGGACUCGUUCCGCGAUGUUGGGCCUAAAAACGCGGCGCAGAUGUUUCGACGCCGAUUCAAUGGCAAAGGAAAUAUCCCCGAUACCACGGGUCCAACGGUUCCCGUCCAGAAACCCGAGUUCCUCCCGAGUCGAGAUACCCCCAACCUGCGCGCAACAUGGCUUGGCCAUGCCUGCUACUACGUAGAAUUUCCCAGCGGUCUCCGGGUGCUCUUCGACCCGGUGUUUGAGGAGCGCUGCGGGCCGUUCAACACGCUCGGCCCUAAACGCUUCACCAAGGCACCGUGCCAGGUCAAAGAUAUCCCGGUGAUCGAUGCGGUCGUCAUAUCCCACAAUCAUUACGAUCACUUGUCUUACAAGACGGUGACGGAGGUUGCCAAACGACACCCCAAUUGCCACUUUUUCGUCCCGCUGGGCAACAAACCCUGGUUUGCGAGUGCGGGGAUCCAUAGUGUCACGGAGCUGGAUUGGUGGGACGAAAACGAUAUCACCAUGUCGCCAUCGGAGGGCAAAGGUGUGGAAGUGGAAGCAGUAGGUGAGGCCGCUUCAAUAGCGGCCGAUAUCAAGGCGCGCAUUAGCUGCUUGCCGUGCCAGCAUGUCAGCGCUCGGGGUCCUUUCGACAAAUACCAGACUUUGUGGUCGUCCUGGGCCAUUGAAUCUGGUGGCAAGAAGUUGUAUUUUGCCGGUGACACUGGCUAUAAGAGAGUCAACGAGCUCCCUGAUGGGGAAGACUACGAUGACCCCAAGCACAACUUCCCUGUAUGUCCCGCUUUCAAACAGGUGGGCGAGUUCCGAGGGCCAUUUGAUUUGGGUCUGAUCCCCAUUGGGGCCUAUGCGCCCCGCUUCAUCUGGAGUGCUGCUCAUGCUCAUCCGCAUGACUCGGUGAACAUCUUCCAGGAUACCAAGUGCAAGCAGGCGUUGGGCAUGCACUGGGGAACCUGGGUGCUCACUGAGGAGGAUGUUCUUGAGCCCCCAGAGCAGCUGAAAAUUGCAUUGAAGAAGCAUGACAUACCUGAGAAGGGUGUUUUUGAUAUACUUAAUAUCGGGGAGAGCCGGGAGUUCUGA